CCUCUCUCUCUCUCUCACACACACAUACACACACUUGUUAUCUAUUGAUUUGUUUCUUGCCUCAGAAUUCACCGAUCAAUUGGAGUUGAAUUUGAAGAAGAAGAAGAAAUGGAUAUGAUAAGGAAAGGAGAUGAAGGUUUGAAUGAACAAAGGCCAAAGACGAAGAUCGUUUGCACCCUUGGUCCUGCAUCCAGAUCUAUACCUAUGGUCGAGAAACUUCUCAGAGCCGGCAUGAACGUCGCCCGUUUCAAUUUCUCCCAUGGCUCCCACGAAUACCAUCAAGAAACCCUAGAUAACCUCCGCGCUGCCAUGGACACCACCGGUAUCCUCUGUGCCGUUAUGCUCGACACCAAGGGACCAGAGAUAAGAACUGGAUUUCUGAAAGAUGGAAAGGCGGUUCAAUUGAACCAAGGAGAAGAGAUUACAAUCUCAACAGAUUAUAGUAUUAAAGGAGAUAAGAAUAUGAUUUGUAUGAGUUACAAGAAGUUGGCUGAGGAUGUGAAACCAGGGAGUGUCAUACUUUGUGCAGAUGGGACUAUAACAUUUACAGUUCUGUCUUGUGAUAAAACUAAGGGUUUGGUAAGAUGUAGAUGUGAAAAUGCAGCUAUGCUUGGUGAAAGGAAAAAUGUUAAUCUUCCUGGUGUUGUUGUUGAUCUUCCAACUUUGACUGAGAAGGAUAAGGUUGAUAUUAUGGAAUGGGGAGUUCCUAAUAAGAUUGAUAUGAUUGCCUUGUCUUUUGUUCGUAAAGGUUCAGAUUUGGUUGAGGUUAGGAAGGUCUUGGGACAUCAUGCUAAGAGUAUACUUCUCAUGUCAAAGGUUGAAAACCAAGAAGGUGUUGCAAAUUUUGACGAAAUCCUCGCGAACACGGACGCGUUCAUGGUAGCAAGAGGAGACCUAGGAAUGGAGAUUCCAAUUGAGAAAAUAUUCUUAGCCCAAAAAGUAAUGAUUUACAAAUGCAACAUCCAAGGCAAACCCGUUGUGACCGCAACCCAAAUGCUAGAAUCGAUGAUCAAAUCCCCGAGGCCGACCCGGGCAGAGGCCACGGACGUAGCCAACGCCGUCCUAGACGGAACCGACUGCGUAAUGCUGAGCGGAGAAACCGCUGCAGGCUCCUACCCGGAGCUCGCAGUCCGAACCAUGGCCAAGAUUUGCGUCGAGGCCGAGAGCACGAUCAAUUACGGAGACGUUUUCAAGCGGAUAAUGAUAAACGCCCCGGUUCCAAUGAGCCCAUUGGAGAGCUUAGCCUCGUCGGCAGUUCGAACCGCGUAUUCCACCAGGGCGGCUCUGAUAUUAGUCUUGACGAGAGGUGGGAGCACUGCAAAGCUCGUGGCAAAGUAUAGGCCGGGGACUCCGAUAUUGUCGGUGGUGGUGCCGGAGAUUAAGACGGACUCGUUUGAUUGGUCUUGUAGCGAUGAGAGUCCGGCUAGGCAUAGUUUGAUAUUUAGGGGUUUGGUUCCGGUUUUGUGUGCGGGAUCGGCUAGGGCUUCUCAUGCAGAAUCUACUGAAGAAGCACUUGAGUUUGGGCUUCAACAUGCCAAAGGGAAAGGGCUUUGUAAUGUGGGUGAUGCUGUUGUGGCUCUUCAUAGAGUUGGGACUGCUUCAGUUAUCAAAAUCCUAACCGUUAAGUAAAAGGAUCUGACGAUGAGGAUAGGGGUAAGUCUUAAUAAUAAUAAUUACCCCUUUUCUACACGAUUUCGUUUCAUAAUAUAUAUAUAUGCAGCUGAUGAUGAUGCGGCUUGUGCAUUUUUUUGGCUCUUUUUAUUUGUGAAUGAUUGUAAUAAAAAAUCAACCUUUGUUGUUGAUUUUGAUUGUUAUUAUUAUUAUGAUUAGGAUUGAUAUCUUAUUAUCAAUUUUAAAA